CUGGAGCAGAUAUAUACUAGUGUAUGGUUUAUGAAUAUGAUGAUGAUGACUACUGACUACUGAAACGCUCCGUCGUCGUUGGCCCCGAAACUGAGUGUUUUUGCUGAUGGCUCCCACAACGAUCCGAAAGGCAAUUGGAGCAGUUAAAGAUCAAACAAGCAUCGGCAUUGCAAAAGUUGUUGGUAAUGUUGCACCAGACCUCGAGGUUUUGAUCGUCAAGGCAACUAGCCAUGAUGAUGAGCCUGCUGAUGAUAAGUAUAUACGGGAGAUUUUGAAUCUCACAUCUCACUCUAAAGGAUAUGUUGAUGCUUGUGUGUUUGCUAUUUCUAAGAGGUUAAGCAAAACGCAUGAUUGGAUUGUGGCAAUUAAAGCCCUGAUGCUUGUACAGAAGUUGUUGGUUGAUGGGACUCCAUUGUUUGGGGAAGAAAUGAUGCAUGCAAGUCGAAAGGGGACAAGGGUGUUGAAUAUGUCAGGUUUUCGUGAUGAAGCACAUGCAUAUUCUUGGGAUCAUGCAGGCUUUGUCAAGAGCUAUGCUUUAUACCUAGAUCAGAAGAUUGAAUUUUCUGUUUACGACAGAAGAAUGAGUGGUCUGGAUGAUAAGUAUUCAGAGUUUAGAGUGGAAUAUGGUCAUGGAGGGAACAAUCGGCCAAGAGCUUAUGGUGAUCUGGAUGAACCUGUGGUGCGUGGAGUUAGGGAGAAAGGGACACCACUUAGGGAAAUGAAGACAGAGAAGGUUUCGCAGAGGUUAAAUCAGUUGCUUCGGCUUCUUGAUCGGUUUUUAGCUUGUAGACCAAAUGGGGCUGCAAAGGAUAGCAAGAUUAUACUUGUUGCAGUAUAUUCACUUGUGAAGGAGAGUUUUAAGCUUUAUGCUGAUUUAUGUGAGGUGCUGCACAUCUUGCUAGACAGGUAUUCUGAUAUGGAAUAUGAAGGUUGUCUCAAAAGUUUUGAUACUUAUGUCGGAGCUGCAAAAAUGAUUGAUGAGCUUGUGGGGUUCUAUAGUUGGUGUAAGGAUACAGGAAUCGCAAGAUCUACAGAGUACCCUGAGCUGCAAGAGAUUUCUGAUAAACUAAUGGAGAAACUUGAGGGGUUCUUGAGGGAAAGGGCAAUAAGGGGAAACAGCAGAGAGAAGCCCAUGGAAGUUAAUACAUCCGUAAUACAGAAGGAGAAGUUACCUGAUUUCAGUGAAAUAAAAGCACUCCCUCCGCUGAAGGACUAUGAUUUAUCCAUGCCUCAGGCCCAGCCAAAGCCACAGGCUCAACAGAUAACUGAAGACCUAGUUAAUAUAAAGGAUAAUGCAAUGUCAGUUGAAGUUCAAGGCAACAAAUUGGCAUUAGCUUUGUUUUCUGAAGCUCCUCCCAUAAAUGCAGAUGGUUCGUGGGAAGUGUUCCCAUCAGAUGGAGGGCCUGACAUGACUUCAGCUUGGCAAACACCGGCUGCUGAGAUGGGUAAGGCUGAUUGGGAGCUGACCUUGGUGGAGACAGCUAGCAAUCUUUCUAAGCAAAAGGCUGACAUGGGAGGGGGUAUAGAUUCACUAUUGUUGAGUGGCAUGUAUGAUCAAGGUGCAGUGAAACAGCAUAAUAGUAAUGCUCAGCUAAAUGUUGGGAGUGCGAGCAGUGUGACACUGCCUGGAACAGGCAAAGGCUCAACACCAGCACUGGCACUGCCUGCGCCUGAUGGAACAGUUCAAACAGUUGGAAAUCAAGAUCCUUUUGCAGCAUCACUUGUGGUUCCGCCGCCAUCUUAUGUUCAGAUGGCAGACAUGGAGAUGAAGCAGCAUUUGCUUGUGCAGGAACAACGGCUUUGGCAGCAGUAUGCAAACAACGGGAUGCAAGGCCAAGUGGGUUCAGCUAAUGUUACAGGUGGAACUCAUGGUUGCUACAUUACAGGGCAGCCAGGAGGGUAUAAUUAUCACUCUCCUUACUAAACUGCGUGACAGAAGGAAUCUAAUAGUCUCAUGUUCUGCACUUAGUAGUAAUGUUCAGUCUUUUACUUUGUUUCAUAAAGUUCA